UAGUACAAUUGCAAAUGAAGAAAACAUUUUUUGUCCCGGAUAAUUUGUCAGUAUGUUAUUCAUUCUUCAAGCAAAAGUUUUCGUCAGAUUUCAGCUCUACUUCAGUUUCUACUAUCAAACUAUUGAUAAUUCAACUAAAAAAAUGGAUCAAGUACAUUGAAGACAAAUCGAAUUAUCCAGCGAGAUUCGUUCAUCAUUUUCGAUGUCCCACAAUCCAUCAAUUUGAUUGGUCUGUUAUAAGGAUACCCAGCGACUAUUAUAUUGACGAUUCUUCUGGGGCUGUCAGAAUACAUAAUUUCAGUGGUCAUGUACAUCUUAUUGAUAAAAAUGGCACUGUUUUUAAACAGUUGUCUAUUCGUGGAACUGAUGGUCAUAUAUAUACUUAUAAUAUUUCGAGAGGCCAGGCAAUUGAAUCUGAAGAUAGAGUUUUUCAAUUAUUCCGUGUAGCAAAUAGCUAUUUGCAUGAUUUUAAAGAAACUGCUAAGAGACAUUUAAUGUUUUCUAUACCCAAUACAUUCACAAUCGCACCAAAUUUAAGAAUGGUUGAAACUAAAAAGAACUCAAUAUUUUCACUAUUUGAAAUAUACACAGAAAUGAAAAAAAGGCCUAAUAAGUCUAAAGUGUCAUGGAUUCAUGAAGAUAUUGAUUUUUGGUUUUCAGUAUUGAGUACAUGUAUUAUUACUGAGAGGACUCAGCCUUUAAUGGAAUGUUUACUUACAGUAGGCAACGAAUAUGGCUCAGAUGAAGUGCUGAAAAAUUGGGUUUCAUCGAUAUACCCAUUGCAAUCAGAUUAUUGGACAUUCCGCAAAACUUUUGUUGAAAAUUACUCACUUCUUUGUUUCUUUGAGUAUGCAUUUAACCUUAUCAAAUUGAAGCCUGAGAUGCUGAAUAUUGACAAAAAUAAUGGAGUUGCUGUUGCUUUAUUCUAUAGAUUUAAUUUGAGUGAAGUUCAUGGAAACUUAGUUCAAAAUCACAUAAUACCUUUUCGUUUAACACCAAAUUUGACAAAGUUUAUCACACCUUAUCGUAAAUAUCAAAUGAUAAAUUGCAUUACUGUAACUGGCAAUUGCUUAAUCAACAAUAUUGACGAUUUUAGUGUUGUACUAAGAUUAUUAUUGAAGGAUGAAUUUAUGGCUUAUUAUAAUAUUAAAACUUGCAAGAAAAUAUCAAGGAAUGAGAUGAGCAUUUUUGAAAUAGUUGAUGAAAACUUAAAGUAUAUACUAAACAAUUUUAAUAAACUAAAAUAUUCUUCAACGCACAAUCCAAUUCCUGAUCUCAUAAACCAAGCUUUCCAUAAAGAAAUAUUAUGUUAUGAAAGUCCAACAUGGCGCGCCUGGUUGUAAUGAGUAAUGAAUAUACUAUUAUUAUAGCCAUUAGGUUAAGGUGUUUUGAAAAUGAUAACUUUUGUAUUGCCUUUUUCUCUAUCGUAUAUUUUAUACUAUUAUUAUUAUUAUGUCUUUUAAUUGGAAACUAUUUACAUGCUGGUCACAUAUUAUAUAAAAUAAUUUUAUGAUUGUAAUAUUUCAUAAUAAACUCAAUUUUUAAACUAGCAACUGUAUAUUUAAUAAAUGUAACUAA